AUGAUAAAUAAUAAUACCGAAGAGAAUGGAACAAUCUCCAAUGGAGUGGCAAGAACAUCGGUUUUGGUGGCCGCCAUGCGUACUCAUUUGAGUAACCAGAUGGUUUCACUUAAUGAUCCAUCAUUGUAUAAACCAUUUGAACAGAGCUUAGUAAGAGAGUACUCAAAGUUCUGUCCUACCAAGGUUGUAAAUAUAACCGAUCCCAAGCUGACUGUCAUCGACCCGUAUGCCCUGUUCUUCCUUCAACAUCAAAGUUCACCAGACAUAAUGGCCGAGUUCUUCUUUUCUAUCCCAAAAGUUAGACCAACUGUCGUUGACGAACCAAUGUAUCAAGGUCUGAUCAAGAGUGGCUUAGAUGUAUCCUCAGUUGGGUCAAUAUCUUCAUUCUUCAAACAUGUGGCCAAUGAUGAACAAGUAAUGCUAGGUUGGAUGUUGUUAUUCGAUUUGAACAUUACUGUUCAUCUUGCAGUCAGAACCAAACUUAUUGAUGAGUUUGUUCUCCAAAAUGUCCCUUCCUCGAUCAAACAAGUUGUCAUCCUUGGUUCAGGACUUGACACCCGUGCUCAACGUCUACCAUUCGACGCAUCAGUCAUUGUAUUUGAGGUGGAUCUUCCAGAGGUGGUCGAAUACAAGAGGAACAUUAUGAAGAAUGCAUCAUUGGCCAUCACUCCAAUAUCAAUGGCAAUGAACAUUGAUAUCAAGGAAGACCUCAGGAACUUGGAUAAAUGGACGUCCCAACUUGUAUCAUCUGGUUUGAAGAAGAUUGAACCGACUCUAUGGAUCCUAGAAGGUCUUCUCAUGUACCUCAAGCCUGAAGAGACCACCAACCUACUCAAAGCAGUAUCAUCACUCUCAUCAUCUGGAUCUGCUAUUGUGUUUCAAUCAUCAGCACCAAUUGAUUGGACUGCACCAUAUGUUGGCAAGAGUGUAUUCGCCAAGAUUGCUCCUGAACUAUUCUCCUUUACACCAUAUCCAGAUGAACUUCUGAUCAACGUUGGCUUCACUGAUCGUGUAUCCACAGUCGAUGAUGUUGCCCUCAUUGAGAGAUAUGGUACACCUGGUAUAGUCCUCUUUGAGUUCCCACCAACAUUCCAACGCUACACCCAAGGAUUCAAACCA